AUGAGGCUUAGAUACCUUAUGUUCUCAAGGCGGUACGCAUCUACUGUUUUAGAGACUAAUCUUUCCAAGUUAGGUACUAAAUGGAGAUCAAAAACUCUUCGAGGUGUGCCCGUUGCUUGCAGAGAUGACUCUAACCAGAGUAUUUAUAUUCUUUCCAUGUUUCCAUAUCCCUCAGGGAUGUUGCACAUUGGUCAUUUGAGGGUUUAUACCAUUAGUGAUGCAUUGAAUCGGUUUUAUCAGUUGCAAGGUUGUCGUGUGCUCCAUCCUAUGGGGUGGGAUGCGUUUGGGUUGCCUGCGGAGAAUGCAGCUAUUGAGAGAGGUAUGGAUCCUGCAGUUUGGACGAAGCAUAAUAUUUAUAAAAUGAAGGAACAGAUGAACCAAAUGCUUGCGAAUUUUGAUUGGGAUCGUGAGAUCACGACGAGUAACCCUGAUUACUAUAAGUUCACGCAGAAGAUAUUUUUGGAAUUGUAUAAGCACGGCUUAGCGUAUAGGAAGAAGGAGGAAAUUAAUUGGGAUCCUGUAGAUCAGACAGUUUUGGCCAAUGAGCAAGUUGAUGCUGAAGGAAGGUCUUGGAGAUCUGGAGCCAAGGUUGAGAAAAAGCUGCUCAAUCAGUGGUUUUUGGGGAUUACAAGAUUUGCUGAGAGUCUACAAUAUGACUUAGAUGCUCUAAGAGGCUGGCCUGAAAAUGUCAAAACGAUGCAGAAGAAUUGGAUAAACGUGUCGCAUGGGACAGAGGUGAUAUUUCCCUCUACUAUUAAUGAGGAUAUAACUGUGUUUACAACCCGUGCGGACACGUUAUUUAGUGUUCAAUAUAUUGCUUUAGCGAUAAAUCACCCGGUAGUUAGGAAGCUGGCGGAAUCUGACGAAAGACUACGUGAGUUCAUUUCCUAUGCUGAUAGUCUGCCAAGAGGCAACAAGGCUGGAUACUUACUAAAGAAUCUUUCAGUAGCAAGUCCGGUUUUAGAUGUGAAGCAAUUCGAUAUUCCUGUCUUUGUUGCUCCUUAUGUGCUGGGUAGUUACGGUUAUGGUGCUGUUAUGGGAUGUCCUGCCCAUGACGAGCGUGAUUUUGCGUUUUGGCAGUCUAAUAUGCCUGGUAGUCCGGUUAAAUAUACUAUUCAACCAACAACUACGGAAAUAACACUUCCUUAUACUGAAGAUAAUGGGACCUUGAAUUCCUCGUCUGGACGGUUUGUCGGAUUGUCCACUGAGCAGGCUAGACAUCAGAUAAUUAGCCAUUUGGAGGAACGGAAACUCGGUAUGAAGACAACUAGUUAUAGACUAAAAGAUUGGUUAAUAUCAAGACAACGUUAUUGGGGAGCACCUAUUCCUAUUGUUCACUGUGAUUCCUGUGGUGAAGUUCCCGUUUCGGAGGAUAAUUUACCUGUUAUGUUGCCCACUGUGGAAAGGAUAGCUUCUAAAGGUAAUUCUCUUUCUUCAAUGCAAGACUUUGUUAAUACUACCUGUCCUUCCUGCGGGUCUCCUGCAAAACGUGAAACAGAUACCAUGGAUACAUUUAUGGAUAGUUCUUGGUAUUUUUUUAGAUACCUUGAUCCACACAACUCCAAGGCUCCCUUUAGCUAUGAAAAGGCUUCGAAGCAUAUGCCCGUCGAUAUGUAUAUAGGCGGUGUUGAACAUUCAAUUUUGCACUUGUUGUAUUCCAGGUUUAUUUCUAAAUUUAUGACAUCCAUUGGCAUGUGGGAUGGAUCAAAAGUCCUUGGAGAACCAAUUAAAAAAUUGGUGACACAGGGUAUGGUUCAUGGAAAGACUUACGUUAACCCUCAGAACGGCCGGUUUUUAAAAACAGAAGAUCUAGAUUUGACCCAAAUGGAUAAGCCAAUCAUCAGAAAAACUGGGGAGGUACCUAGUAUCUCUUUUGAAAAAAUGUCCAAGUCUAAAUAUAACGGUGCAGACCCAGCCAGCUGUAUUUCUAAGUGGGGGCCUGACGCAACACGGGCACAUAUCCUAUUCCAAGCGCCCAUUAGUGAUGUAUUGCGUUGGGACGAGUCUAAAAUUGUCGGUAUUGAACGUUGGUUGAAUCGAGUCAUUAAACUAUCUCAUUCUUUGGCUACUACCGAUAUCACACCCAUAAAAUCAGUAAAUGUAGAGACAAUGAAUGAUUCUGAAGUUAAAUUUCAUAAAGAAGUCCAGGUACUUUUAAGAAGCAUUACAAAAGCGUUUAAGGAAACAUUGUCGUUGAAUACCGUCAUAUCAGAUUAUAUGAAGUUAACUAAUGUAAUGGAGCAUGCUUUUAAGGACAACAAAAUAGGCAAUGAAUUUGUCCUAUCUAGUUUCCAAAAAUUUGUCACUGUAAUUUACCCUGUGGUCCCAUCUAUAUCGGAAGAGGCUGGUGAAAUCCUCAAAUCAAAGGAAACAUACACAUGGUCCCAAUAUAGAUGGCCAACUAUUGAAGAUAUUAAAGAAUCCUCUAAUGUUAGCUACCAAGUAGUGAUUAAUGGUAAGAAGAGAUGUGUAUAUUAUUCAACAAAGGAUUUUAUUAACGAUAAGGAAAGUGUUAUAAGAACUCUACAAAGUUUACCCGAAUGCCAAAAGUUCUGGGAUGGAAAGAAAUUGAAGAAUGUUAUUAUAAAAAAGAACAUCAUCAGCUUUGUAUUAACUUAA